GUGAUCAAAUUAUGUAUGUGUGCAUUUCAUAAUGACAAGCAGUAUUUUUGGUAUAAAAAGAAGCGCGCGUUUAUUGGAUUUUCAGUAUCGACAUUGAACUUAUACAAGCGAUUUCCAGAAUCACCACAUAUUCACCUUCAAAACAAGCUAAAAAUGGAUUUUUACUAUUUGCCUGCUUCCGCUCCUUGCCGCGCCGUCGAGAUGGCCGCCAAAGCUUUGGGAGUCGAAUUGAAUAAGAAACAGCUAAAUUUGUUUGCUGGAGAGCAUUUGAAGCCGGCAUUUCUUAAACUCAACCCACAACAUACAAUUCCUACAUUGGUAGACAACGGUUUCUCUGUUUGGGAGUCACGUGCCAUAAUCAUCUAUUUGGCCGAAAAAUACGGCAAAAAUGACUCCUUGUACCCGAAAGACCCCAAGAAGCGUGCUGUCGUCAAUCAACUGCUCUUCUUCGAUAUCUCCACAAUCUACAGCGCCUUUGUUAAUUCAUAUGUCCAACAAUACCUCUUCAAGAAACAAGUCGAUGCAGAGAAGUACAAGGCAGUCGAUACAGCUUUUGAAUUCCUGAACACAUUCUUGGAGGGACGGAAAUAUGUUGCUGGAGAUUCUUACACGCUGGCUGAUAUUUCGUUGCUGGCAACGGUGUCAUCUUAUGAAAUUGUCAACUAUGAUAUCAAGAAAUAUGCCAAUGUCGCCAGAUGGUACGAGAGUGUGAAGAAGAGUGCACCCGGUUGGGAAGAAAACUGGGCUGGCUGUUUGGAAUAUAAAAAACUAUUAGGUGUUUAAGUUUGCAAUAUUUAGUGUUAAUUCUGUACUGAGGUUUUGCUGGAGUAAUUUAUUUAAAUAAAAAUGUAAAUUUUCAAAA